AUUGAAAUCUCCAGAGGGCUAUAUAAACACUGGGUGAUUUAUGUUGGAUAUGGAUAUGUGAUUCACCAUCAGUCAGUUCCAUCGGUCAUUUCUUUCUCUGUAGCGGUGUAUUCUAGCACUGGAGACACAAUGAAUAAAGAAAACCUUGAGAAUGUGGCUGGCAAUGAAGAAUACCAAAUCAACAAUCAACUAGAUAACAAACAUGAGCCACGUCCCAUUGAAGAUAUUCUACAGGAAGCAGAAAGCCUUGUGGGAAGGGGAUUUUCAUAUAAUGUGGCAACAAGCAACUGUGAGCACUUUGCUACAAUGUUGAGAUACUCAAAUACAGAAUUAAAUUAUACUGAUGCUACUUAUAAAUGUCUCAAAGUCACAGGAUUAGAGACUGUCAAUUGA